AUGGACGAAGAUGAAUUAUAUGAUGAAUUUGGUAACUUAAUUGGUGACCCGCUAGAUUCAGAUGCAGAUUCCUUAGAUGACAUACCAGAUGAACAAUAUGUGCAAUCAGAGAAUGAAGCAGAAGAUUCGACAAUUGAAACAGAGACCGAAGCCUUAGUGAUACAUGAAAAUAAUGGAAAUGGGCUCAAGCUAUCUGAAAAAUUUGGGCCGGGGGUUGAAACUAUAAUAGCAAAGCCAUACGAACAAACAGAGGAUGCACCGGUUAUUAUACCUGCAAAUAAGAAGAAAUUGAAGGUAGAGUUCACUGAACCUGUUAUGAAUAACGUUGAUGAAGAUGAUAAUAGAGUUAAGAAUUUACCAGAACUUGUUUACUCGCGUGAUUAUAUGAUAUCUACUAUGAACCUGCUUCCAGAAAGGGUUAGAAACAUAGCAGUAAUUGGUAAUUUCCACUCAGGGAAAACAACAUUUAUCGAUAUGCUUGUUUUACAAACUCACUCACCAUCGAUUUCUUUGAGUAGUAAUUUGAAAAAUUUUCAACCCCUUCGAUUUAUGGAUAAUCAUAAGUUGGAAAUCGACAGAGGUAUCUCAAUUGAAGCAUCACCUAUUACAUUAUUAUUACCAGACUUAAAUGAGAGGUCUUUUAUUUUUAACAUUAUAGAUACGCCUGGUCACAGCAACUUUGCGUCUGAAAGUACGUCGGCUUUGCAGAUAGUUGAUGGUGCACUUCUCGUAAUAGACGUGCUUGAAGGGUUAACCCCCAGAGAUAAAAGCUUAAUCUCAGAACUUAUGAAAAACAAUACACCUAUAACAAUUGUUUUGAACAAAAUUGACAGACUCAUACUAGAAUUAAGGUUACCUGUAGAAGACUUUUAUUUUAAAAUUAAUUACACUUUGGAUGAUAUUAACAAUUUUAUAAAUGAAAAUGAGUACAUAAGUACUUAUGGGAAACAACUGGUAUUCAGCCCAACAGAAGGAAAUGUUAUUUUUGCAUCUUCAAGUUUAGAGUUCGUUUUUACCUUGGAUAGUUUUACAAAACUAUAUACUAAUAACCACAAAUUAAAAGGUGUUGAUUCUUAUGAAUUUAGUCGAAGACUAUGGGGUGAUGUGUUUUAUAACUCGGAUAAGGCCCAAUUUGUUAAUAGUUCAAAUAAUGGGAAAUUUCCUAGGUCUUUCAACUUUUUUAUUUUGGAGCCUAUUUAUAAAAUAAUAACUCAGACAUUAACUUAUGAUGGCACCAGUGAGAAACUAGCAAAUUUAUUAUGGGACAACUUCAAAGUUACAUUACAUAAUUCUCAGUAUAAACAAGAUUCACAGAUGCUUUUGAAAGCAAUAUUUAAGCUGGUUUUCUCCGGUUCAAAGGGUUUUGUUGACCUGGUGGUUAAUAAUAUUCCAUCUCCGACGGAGAAGGUGUCAGAUAGAUUGAAAUUACUUUCCAGUUCAGAAAAUGCAUCUUCGACUACAUUAAUAGCUCAGGCAAAUAAAUUAAUUGCCUCGGCUAAUGGUGAAAGGUUUUAUUCGUUAGUCCGCAUAUAUCAAGGCUCAAUAAAGACUGGGACAAAGGUGCGAGUGUUAGGACAGAACUACGAAGAAGAUGACGAUGAUUUCAGAAUAGAAGUUGUGGAUGAAUUAUUUGUUCCAGGUGGAAGGUACAAAAUUCCUGUUAAGGAAGCAUUUGCUGGAUCGAUUGUAUUGAUAAGUGGAAUCGAUUCAAUCAUUUCUAAAGGUGCAACCCUAUAUGAUAAUACUGAUUUGCCGAGUGAUUUCAAAAUUUUUAGGCCUUCAUCAUAUGAAAGACAAUCUGUUUUCAAAGUUGCGAUAGAGCCUGCGAACCCUUCGGAGUUACCUAAAUUAUUGGAAGGACUACGCAAGCUUAAUAAAGCAUACUUAGCAUGUACAAUUAAAGUAGAAGAAAGUGGAGAACAUGUUCUAUUUGGUCCCGGUGAAAUAUAUUUGGAUUGUAUGUUACAUGAUUUGAGGAAUUUUUUCACUGAUGAUUUGGAAAUCAAAGUAAGCGAUCCUAUGACAAAAUUCAGUGAAACAUGUAUUGAUACCUCGGCAAUCAAAAUAUCGACUAAAUCAUCAUCAGGAAACAAUUCGAUAUCUAUUAUUGCCGAGCCGGUUAAUGAUAAUAGAUUGAGCGAAGCUAUCGAAAGAGGUAUAAUAAAUCUAUCUCAACCAUUAAAAUCUACUUCUAAAAUUUUGCGUAAAGAAUUUGGAUGGGAUGCAUUAUCAGCGCGAUCAGUUUGGUGCUUUGGGCCUGAAGACCUUCAUAAUCCAAGUAUUUUAAUAGAUGAUACAUUAGAGGGUGAAACCGACAAAAAGUUGUUGUAUUCGCUUAAAGACAGUAUAAACUUAGGAUUUAGAUGGAGUGUUAAUGAGGGACCUUUAUGUGAUGAACCUAUAAGAAAUACAAAGUUUAAAAUAUUGGAUGCGGUGAUAAGUGGGUCGGAAAUACAAAGAAGUGGAACGCAGAUAAUACCAAUGACUAGGAAGGCAUGUAAUACCGGCUUUUUGACUGCAUCUCCCCGCUUAAUGGAACCAAUAUAUACGGUUUACGUGACAUGCUCUUAUGGAGCCAUCACAGCUGUAAAAAAAUUGCUUGGUAGAAGAAGAGGGAUGGUCAUGACUGAAAAUCCAGUACCUGGAACUCAAUUAUUCCACAUAGAGGGCCAAGUUCCUGUUAUAGAAUCUGUUGGAUUAGAGUCUGAUUUGAGACUUCAUACGCAAGGACAGGCUAUGUGCUUCUUAGUAUUCGAAAAAUGGGAUGUUGUUCCUGGAGAUCCAUUAGAUAGUGAUUGUUACUUACCAUCACUUAGACCUGUUCCGAAUGCAUCGUUAGCGAGAGACUUUGUUAUGAAAACCAGGAAGAGAAAAGGUUUGAGCGGCGAACCUAAUUUACAAAAGUAUAUUGACGUUGAAUUAUAUAAUAAGUUAAGAGAGAGUGGUAUUAUAGAAUAG